UGAACGCGCCAAUCGGAGGCGGCGUGUGGGCGUCGAUCCUCACCGACUGCGGUGUCGGCGGCGGCGGCGGCAGAGGAGCCAGGACACACCGGGACACCGCGGACCGACAGGCAGGUCUCCCCGCCACCUAGGAGGAGAAGGGCUUCACCACCGUCGUACAGAUAAAAAAAAAAAAAUACAACAACAACAAACGUGAUCGCCGCGGUCGUUUAUUGGAACCCAAGCAGAGCUUUGAGCGCCGGAGCGGAAUUUGGACGCCGUCCCCUCCCCCCCGGAGGAAAGAUGGGGAAUGGACUGUCCGAACAACCCCGCCUCCUCUCCAACGUCUCGUUCUUCCAGUCGUUUCACAUCGCCAUCCUGGGCCUGGACUCGGCGGGCAAGACCACCGUCCUCUACAGGCUGCAGUUCAACGAGUUCGUGAACACGGUGCCCACCCGGGGCUUCAACGCCGAGAGGGUGAAGGUGUCCCUGGGCGGCCGCCGCACGGUCACCUUCCACUUCUGGGACGUGGGCGGCCAGGAGAAGCUCCGCCCCCUCUGGAAGUCGUACACGCGGCGCGCGGACGGCAUCGUCUUCGUGGUGGACUCGGUGGACGCGGAGCGCAUGGAGGAGGCCAAGACGGAGCUCCACAAAAUCGCCAAGACCUCCGAAAACCAAGGGGUGCCCCUGCUGGUGGUGGCCAACAAGCAGGACCUGAGGAACUCCUUGGGGCUGGCGGAGAUCGAGAAGCUGCUGGCGCUGAAGGAACUGGGGCCCGCCACCCCCUGGCACCUGCAGUCCACCUGCGCCAUCAUCGGCGACGGGCUCAGGGAGGGCCUGGACCGACUCCACGACAUGAUCCUGAAGAGGAGGAGGGCGCUGCGGCAGCAGAGCAAGAAGAGAUAGGCGAGGGUACGACGAAGACUCUCCGGCUGUUACAAGUGAAGGAUGCUGUAAUCCGGGGUGGAUUACUGACACUGCUGCAGGUUCAAAAUGCUGAGUUUUAUCAGUCCCCCCCCCCCCCCCCCCCCCCCGGUCCGGGGUCUCGUGGUGACGCUGUCGAUCAAGAAGUGACGGUUUAGAGGAAUACAGUACGAAGAUGCGAAAGGUUCGGACAUGUUGCGCGACGAAGAGCUUCGUGUGGAUUACGUGGCGGCGCGCCGGGGGGGGUGCGGGGGGGGGGGUUCCGGUGUUGCGGGAGGGCGAGAGAGAAGUGAAGGAUGUUUCAUGAACGGAUGUUCCAAACAACAUUACCAAAAAAGUAAUUUAAGAAAACUAGUUGAAGGUUUAUUUGGUUAAUGAGUGAACGUUGUCGCACCCGAGGAGCAAACUAAUCUUUUCACAGUGCCGUACUUUAUUAUGUGUAGUUCAUUUUAUUUUAUUUUUUUUACACUGGACUUUCUCCUUUUUGAAGGAAAAGUAUUAUCGUGCGUUAUUGCAUUACUACCCAUUUGCUUGCUGUCUCAUACAUCAAAUCUGUUUUUCAAAGCACUUUAGAAAAUCUCUUCUUAUGAAGUUUACAGUUUCUAAACAAAAUAGAGCAUAUUGUGUGUGGAUUUUACAGAAAUCUUUGGGAAAGAUACACAUGUCAUUAGACAGGUUAUGCCUAAUAAAACAUAUUUAGCAAUGUC